AUGCCCCCACAAACUACCAGUGCCCAAGCCACCGUCGAACGCGGUCCCGUCCCCUUUUCCUCCCGCCUACUCGAUGGGCGCGCUCUAGCCUUAGACGUCUGGUCAAUAUUCAACGCAGCCAACCUCCCUCCGGAUUGCAUCAAUCUUGGGCAGGGGUACAUGAACUUUUCCCCGCCCAAGUGGGUGUCGGACGCAGCGGACGACGCGCUCAGGACCGUUUCGGGGAACCAGUAUGCCCACCCGCGGGGCGUCGUGCGGCUCCGCCAGGCCAUCUCACAGUUUUUCUCCGAGCAGUUCCGACGCGAGUUGGACCCCGAGAAAGAGAUCCUCGUGACAAGUGGGGCGAACGAAGGACAAUACUCCGUGUUUGUCGCGUUUCUAGAGCCAGGAGACGAGGUUAUCUUAUUCGAGCCGUACUUUGAUCAAUACCUGGCGUGCAUAACGUUCAACGGCGGCAAGCCCGUAUACGUCCCUCUUCACCCCAACACGAUCAAAGAUCGGAUGACAGCGCAUGACUGGACGGUUGAUUUCGAUGAACUUCGACACGCCAUAACACCGCGCACCAAGAUGAUCCUCCUCAAUACCCCUCACAAUCCUGUGGGCAAGGUCUUUACCAGAGACGAACUCGAGAAAAUCGCGGCCCUCGCGAAAGAGUUCAACUUGCUGGUUAUGGCCGACGAAGUCUAUGAUUGCCUUGUCUAUGACAAUCACGAGCACGUGCGGAUAGGCACUUUGCCAGGGAUGUGGGAGCGCACCGUGACCGUCGCAUCUGCAGGAAAGGCCUUCUCUGCCACUGGCUGGCGCGUGGGCUGGCUGAUCGGACCCGCGAGCAUCAUCCGGCCCUCGCUUGCGGCAUGCACGCGGAUCGUGUUCUCCUCCAACUCUCCGCUCCAGCUCGCGGUGGCGGUAGGGCUGGAGCAGGCUCGCGCGAGGAGCUACUUCGAGACGCAGGUCAGUGAGUACGAGGAGCGGCGCUCGGUGUUGUGCGACGCGCUCGACCGGUUGGGUGCGCCAUAUACGCUGCCUCAGGGUAGUUACUUUGUGCUUCUGGAUAUCUCGAAAUUGAGAAUACCCGAAGAGUAUCCCUUCCCGGAUAUGUUACAAGGCCGCGGCAGAGAUUUCCGGGCUUGCUGGUUUAUGGCAUAUGAAAUCGGGGUCUCGGCCAUACCCGUCAGCGAAUUCUAUUGCGACGAGCAUUGCGGCAUCGGGGAGCGGUUCGUGCGUUUCGCAUUUUGCAAGGACCUGGAGACGCUGCGCUCAGCGGGGGAGCGCAUACAGAAGCUGAAGAGCUAUCUUGUUUGA